AUGUCCCAGUUCGGCUACGGGGCACAGCCCCAGGGCAACCCAGCCUACGCCCCGCAGUCCGCCCAGAACCUCCAGUUCUACCCAUCACAAUACGCACCCGCCGACGUCUCGGGCCACGCGACACCUUCACAGGCCUCGUACGGCGGCUAUGGCGCACCCGCCGGCGCCGCUAACUACGGCUUCGGCGCGCCCGCCGCGGGGGUCUCCGGGCGCAUGGGCGAGCAGGGCGGGCUCAGGACGGGCUGGAUCGCCGCCUUCUCCACCGAGGGCUACGAGGGCGAGCCGCCGCUGCUGGAGGAGUUGGGCGUCAACUUCUCGCACAUACAGGCCAAGACACUCGCCGUGCUCAACCCCUUCCGCCGCAUCGACCAGCACCUGAUGGACGACAGCGACCUGGGCGGGCCGAUCCUGUUCGCGGGCCUGUUCGGCUUCUUCCUCCUCUUCUCGGGCAACCUGCACUUCGGCUACAUCUACGGCCUCGCGGCGCUGGGCUCGAUAUCGCUGCACUUCAUCAUCUCGCUCAUGACGCCCCUCGAGGACGGCGACGGCGCCUCCCAGGCCACCCCCUACGGCGGCCACCAGCCGGGCCAGCCCCCUUCGGCCCACGGGGGAAUGGCCCACCCCAACGAGCUGUCCUCCACCCUCACGUACUUCCGCAGCGCCUCCGUCCUGGGCUACUGCCUGCUGCCCCUGACCGCAACCAGCCUGCUCGGGAUCGUCAUGCCCAUGGACACGCCCCUGGGCAUCGUCAUGACCUCCGCCGCUAUCAUGUGGUGCACGUACAGCGCCUCGGGCAUUUUCUGCGCCGUCGGCAGGAUGCGCGGCAUGAGGGGCCUCGUGGCGUAUCCCCUGGCGCUCUUCUACGUCGGCUUUGGCAUCAUGAGCAUCUUCUCCAGUCGGGGCAGUGGGAAUAUGGCAAAGAUCGUGGCUGGCGGUGUUUCAUGA